AUGUACUCCAAUACCAACACCUUUCUCGGCGGCAGCAGCCAACGACCUGGAGGCCAGCAAUAUGGUGCAAGUUCCUUCAACACCACCACGCAGCAGCAGCAGCAGCAGCAGCCUGGCCCCUUUGCGCCGCAGCCCACGGGAUUCGCACAGCAGCCAUUGCAGCAGCAAUAUACUGGGUUCCCAAUGCAUGCCCAGCCGACAGGUGUGCCACAAUCAUCUCAACAGCCGCUCCAGCAGCAGUACACGGGAUUUCCGGGCCAGGCACAGCCUCAACAGAGCUACCAGACCGGAGCUGCCCCUCCGAUGCCGUCGAUGCCUCCACAAUACCAGAAGCAGUUUCAGCAGCAGCAACAUCAACUACAGCAGGCGCAACCGCAUGCGCAGUCUUCAUUCCAAGUCUCCCAGCCCACUGGGUUUGCCUCAUCCUCUCCGGUCCAAGCCUCUGCACCCACGCAGCCUCCGAUGAAGUCUCAGCCAACCGGCUUCACUGAAAUGGCUGCUUCGUUUCACACUGGAGGAACCGCGAGGCCUCAAGGACGACGAGCAGAGAGAACGAACAAGAUUCCCAAUAUUAGACUUUCGUUUAUCACAGCCCAGGAUCAAUCCAAGUUUGAGACCUUGUUCAAGUCUGCUGUAGGCGACAAUUCGAAUACCAUGUCCGGUGACAAGGCCAGAGAUCUUCUGCUGAGAUCUAGGUUGGAUGGGGAUACUCUUUCUCAUAUCUGGACUCUGGCGGACACCACGCGUGCUGGUCAGCUAUACUUCCCGGAGUUUGCGCUUGCUAUGUACUUGUGUAAUCUGAAGCUGACCGGGAAGUCUCUGCCCCCAUCGCUUCCGGAUAACAUCAAAAACGAGGUUUCCAGCAUGGUUGAUAUUAUCGGCUUCAGUGUAGUGGAUGAUGCUCCAGCGUCCGCAUCAGCUACCAAUGGCCCUAGUUUCCAAACCGACAUUGCAAUACCCUCAGCUACUCAACAGCCGCCGCCGCAGCCGCAGCCGUCCAACUCUCAGCUUCUCCAGUCGCAGAUGACGGCAUUUCCUAGCCAGCAGCAGACUGGUUUUGGCGGCCAACCCCAGGGCCUCCAGGCUCAUCAGACUGGGUUCCCCGGCAUGCAGAACCCUCAGCCGACAGGAUACCAAGGACCGCGACCUCCCAUGCCGCCAAUGCCUACUGGUUUUGGUCAAGGUCCCAAUGAUGGUAGCAUGGUAAUGCCUCUGAAUGCCCAACCAACUGGGCGGCCUGGACAGUGGGGUUUGGUAAACGCGCCCGCGUCUGGGCUGCCCAACAUCGAUGCCCUACAGGCUCGAAUGAUGCCACAACAGGGCCGUGAAGCAGGCAGUUACACCACCCAAGGGCUUCAAGGCAAUGCGGUCAUCCCAUGGGCAAUCACCAAGGAAGAAAAGACGCGGUAUGACGCCCUGUUUAGAGCUUGGGAUGGGCUUGGCAGGGGAUACAUUGGCGGCUCUCAAGCCAUUGAAAUCUUUGGCCAAAGUGGUCUUGAGAAGCCUGAUUUGGAGAGGGUCUGGACUCUGUCCGACAGUGGGAAUAAGGGCCGACUGGACCUCGAUGAGUUCGCCGUUGCCAUGCAUUUGAUUUACAGAAAACUCAAUGGCUAUCCAUUGCCCAGUAACCUUCCCCCGGAACUUGUCCCACCCUCGACACGCAAUUUCAGCCAGUCCAUCGGUACUCUCAAGUCUUUGUUAAACCGAGAGUCAGACCUCCGAAAGAACUCUGGCGCAGCUCUUCUGCCCCAGAAGACGGGUGUUAGCUACAUGAAGAACCGUUCUUUCAGGGGCACGGGCGUUGGAGCUCAAGGAGGUCGCAAAGAUGCUACCGUCUUCCGAAAUGACGACGAAGAUUUUGGCUACCGGUCCAGCGCUCGGAGAAGACUCGGAAACUCGUCUCCGCGUUCUGAGUCGCCCGGGUCUGUGGCAUCGAGCGACGACCUUUCUCUUGAUCAAUUGAGGAAGAAGAUCAAGGAGAAGCAGGUUCUACUGGAUGCGAUGGACUUUGCCGAUGAAAGAAACAAUGAAGAGGAUGAUAUACUGGAUCGUCGGGACCGGAGGGAGUCCGAGGAGCUAUACAGACGUAUCAGACGUAUUCAGGGAGAUAUCGAUGCCCAUCCUGAUGCAGCCCUGACUACCGGAGAUUUCGAUGCGGAGAGGCGCUCCCUAAAACGUCAGCUCCAGAAGUUUGCUGACAAAGUCCCGGAACUUGCGUCUCAGGUCCGAAGAACUGAAAAGGCCAUCAUGGAGGCUCGGCUUGAGCUUUUCCGGCUAAAAGAUGCCAAGUUACACCCCAAUAGCGGUCCACCAAUCGUUGGAACCGGUCCAGGAGGAUCUGUGACCGAGAGCGAUCGGCUGAAGGCCAAAGCAAAGGCUAUGAUGCAACAACGGACAGCUGCUUUGACCGGCAAGAAAAUUGACAUUGGCCCGGAGGAUAUCGACGCCCCGAAGCGACUCGAAGAGGAAACUAUUAAAGUCAAGACUGAGAAGGAGAGCAACGAGAGUAUGGUCCGUGAUGUCGAAGAGAGCGUUCGCGACUUUGCACGCGGCAUUGAAGAUGGGCUUAAAGAAGGCGGCAAGGACAACUCCAGCGAACAUGAGAAACGACGAUGGGAAGAUGCUCUUGGAGUUGAAGACGAGGUUCGUGACUUUAUCUUCGACCUGCAGCGCGAAAGUCGUGCUGCCCGUUUGCGCGCUCAAGACAAACAUCCUGCUCGAGCCUCACCAGCAAUCGAGCAAUCCCAUCCAGAAAGAGUUGCCAGUCCGCGCCUCGAAAGUCCCGUCUCCACGUCUCGCACUGCCGCAGCGCCUGCUGCUGGCGGCACAUACUCUUCAUACAAAACGCCGGAGGAACGCGCAGCGUACAUUAAACAGCAGGCAGAGCAGAGAAUGGCUGAGCGUUUAGCUGCGCUUGGAAUCAAGGCUCCAGCGAAGUCAGGCGAGUCGGCUGCCCAGCGGACGGAGCGUGAACGGGCUGAACGGGCCGCCAAGUUGAAGCAAGCAGAGGAGGAGGAUGCCCGCAGAGAGGCUGAGCGGCAAGCCCGUCUUGCUGACGAACAUGGUGUGCCUCCUCCUGUGCCAGCUUCAGAGACGCCUAAACCUGCGACGAGAGCUCCUCCUCCUCCCCCGACAAGAAAAGCCGCCAGGACGGAUGCUUCCGAAGAGGAUGCAGCAAAGCUGGCAGAAGAAGAACGGGCUGCGAAAGCUGCUGAAGAGGCAAGAAUUACUCGACAACGUGAGGAGCAGCAGAGGGAAACCAGGGAGAUGGAGGAACGUGUCAAAGAGGAAGAGAACGAAUUUGCCAAGGAACAGGAGGAGGCCGCAGCUCGUUUGAAGGCCCUUGAGGAGCAAGUAAGGCAGGGCAAGUUGCGCAAGGAGGAAGAGAAGAAACGCAAGAAGGCCGCUCUGGCGGAAGCCAAGGAGAAAGAGGCCAACAUGGCUGCGAGACGCGCGGAGAUUGAGGCGGCUAAGCAGCGUGAGCUCGAACUUCAACGACAACUCGAGGCUCUAGACGAUGACGACAGUUCUUCAGACGACGACGGCCCUCAACAAAUCACGCCCCAAGAGUCUACUCCAAACGGCAGUCAGAUUGCUCAUCAGGAGACAGGGAAGAGGCACAGCCCUCCCCCGGCUGUCCUGCCCACAGCUCCUCCUGUGCCAACAGUCGUGACAUCACCCCCAGCUGACACUGACGUCCAGAGCAAGGAUCCCUACGCCGAGAUCAUCUCACAUGCAGCAGAGCCGUCGUCCACUAGUCGAGCUGGCGAUAAUACGCCUACGCCUCCGGCGCCUCGUCCUGUCUCAUCUACCAAUCCCUUUCACCGUAUGGGCCAGCCUCCUGCUGCUACUGCUGGACCAGUAUCCAGGAAGCGAGCUGACUCGGACGAUUGGGGAUCUGAUAAGGACGCGGAUGAAGACUCGGAUGACGAGCGGCCAGGAGGUGGUAAUGCUGCUCAACUGGCGUCGAUACUGUUCGGCACCAUGGGCCCUCCACGGCCACUUUCUGCUGCCGGACGCGGUUCUACGCCAGCCAGUCCGGUGCCCGCAAGUGACGCCCCUAUUGCAUCGCCGCCUCCGCCUCCACCGGCCCCAAGUUCGGAUGCUCCCGCCGCACCGUCACCACCACCACCACCUCCUCCUCCUCCUCCUCCUCCAAUGCCGGAGAGCAAUGGCCCUACAUCUCCUCCGCCGCCGCCACCUAUGCCCAGUUCCGACGCUCCCUCAGCGCCGCCGCCGCCGCCGCCGCCGCCGCCUAUGCCACCAGCUGGAGCACCACCACCUCCUCCUCCGCCGAUGCCCGGCGCGGGAGCACCUCCUCCACCCUCGCAACCCCUGCCUUCAGGUGGCCGUCCAGCCGGUUUCUUGAGCGAAAUUCAAGGUGGGAAAUCCCUCAAGAAGACCAAAACCAAUGACAAGAGCGCGUCCGCGGUAGCGGGUCGUGUUUUGGACUAG